GCUGGUAAGGAGCGAAGUCGAGUCAUGGCCGACCUACCGAUCACCUUCGGCGAGGUCCUCAAUUUGGGGGCCUUGGGAGUCAAUCUCGAGUAUGUUAAAUUUGGCACGUGUGCCAUGGAAAGUGACAAGUUCAUCACUGUAUGCGAGACAGUCAACGGACAAGCGAACGUCGUGAUUGUGGACAUGGCGGCUGGGAACAACGUCCAACGAAGGCCUAUUGCUGCCGAAGCUGCUAUCAUGAACCCUCUCACGAAAGUGAUCGCAUUGCGCGCAGGACCGCAGCUUCAGAUUUUCAACAUGGAGCUCCGCGCAAAGAUGAAGACCCACCAAAUGACGGAAGCUAUCGUCUUUUGGAGAUGGAUCACGCCCAACACGAUCGGGUUGGUGACGGCCGGUGCGGUGUAUCACUGGAGUAUUGAAGGUGACUCCCCACCCCAAAAACAGUUCGACCGUCACGCCAACUUGGGUCCCAAUACCCAAAUCAUCAGCUACGAAACGUCGCCGGACAACCAGUGGCUGUUGCUGGUGGGAAUUUCCGCAGGUGAAGGCGGACGUAUCGACGGCAACAUGCAGCUCUACUCCAAGGACAAGAAGGUGAGCCAGGUGCUUCAAGGCCACGCUGGUACUUUUGCCCACAUGAAGCCUCCUGGUCGCACCGACGAAGCGCAAGUGUUGUGCUUUGCCGGUACCAAGGACGGCGCACCUUUGCAGCUCUUCAUCAUGGAAGUUGGCGCGAAUGCCACUGGCCAAACUUUCCGCCUGCCGCCCCAACCCAUUCCGUUCGCUGCCGACGCCGUCAACGACUUCCCUGUGUCGAUGCUUGCAUCUCCGAGCGACGACAUCAUCUACUUGAUCACAAAAAUGGGCUACCUCUUCUUGUUUGACAUUCACAGCGGGAAGCCCGUCUACCGCGCCAGAGUCAGCCAAGACACAGUAUUUGUCACGUGCUUGCACUCGCCCACAAAGGGCAUGCUCGGUAUUACCCGCCGAGGUCAACUUCUCCAGUUCUCGAUCAACCAACAGAAGCUUGUCCCGUACGUCGUCGGCACCCUUCGCGACUCGCAGCUUGCAUUGAGCUUGGCCACGCGCCUGAAUCUGCCUGGGGCAGAAGAGCUCUAUUUCACGGAAUUCAACCGACUCGUGAGCUUGAACGAUGUUCAAGGUGCUGCCCGCCUUGCCGCCGUGAGCCCCCAAGGCGUGUUGCGCACGCCGCAAGUGAUCCAGCGCUUCCAGCAAAUGCCGCAACAGCCUGGCCAGCCCCUGCCCGUGCUGCAAUUUUUCAGCGUGUUGCUCGAAAUGGGCACGCUCAACAAGUACGAAUCCAUCGAGUUGGCGCGUCCUGUGCUGCAGCAAGGUCGCGGCCAAUUGCUCCAAAAGUGGCUAUCGGAGGACAAGUUGGAGUGCUCGGAAGAGCUCGGUGACAUGUGUGCCCAGUCGGACAUCACGAUGGCGCUAUCGGUGUACUUGCGUGCGAAUGUGCCGGAGAAGGUGAUCAACUGCUUUGUCCAGCGCGGCGAGUUCGAUAAGAUUGUCGCGUACGCGUCCAAGACGAACUACCGUUGCGACUACACGUUCAUGCUGCAAAACUUGGUGCGUGCCAACCCCCAAGGCGCGUUAGACUUUGCCCAGAAGCUGGCUGUCGCCGAAAACGGACCGCUUGUCGACAUUGCGUCGGUAGUCGACAUUUUCAUGCAAGUGAGCCGCAUCCAAGAAACGACGGCGUUCUUGUUGGAAGCCCUCAAGGCGAACCGCCCGGAAGAUGCGCUCCUCCAAACACGCUUGCUCGAAAUCAACUUGCUUGGUGGAUCGCCCCAAGUGGCCGACGCGAUCCUAUCGAACAACAUGUUCAGCCACUACGACCGUCCCCGUGUCGCCCAGUUGUGCGAAAAGGCUGGGUUGUUCCAGCGCGCCUUGGAACAUUACACCGACUUGGCCGACCUCAAGCGAGUCGUUGUCAACACGCACGCGAUCAACCACGAAUUCAUCGUGACGUUCUUUGGCACGUUGACAGGGGAAGUGUCGGUCGAGCUCAUGAACGCGUUGCUUGGUCAGAACAUGCGCCAGAACUUGCAAAUUGUUGUCCAAGUUGCGACCAAGUAUGUCGAGCAGCUCGGCGCGAAGCAGAUCAUCGACUUGUUUGAAAAGUACAAGUCGUUUGACGGGCUGUACUACUUUUUGGGUUCUGUCGUGAACUUUUCGCAAGAACCGGACGUCCACUUCAAGUACAUUGAAGCUGCGACCAAGAUGGGCCAAUUCAAGGAAGUCGAGCGCGUGUGCCGCGAUUCGGCCGUGUACGAUCCCGUCAAGGUCAAGGACUUUCUCAAGGAGUCCAAGCUCCAAGACCCGCGCCCGCUCAUCCACGUGUGCGACCGCUACGACUUUGUCGAGGAGCUCACGCAGUACUUGUACUCGAACAACCUGCUCAAGUACAUUGAAGUGUACGUGACGAAGGUGAGCCCCCAAAAGACACCGCAAGUCGUUGGCAAGCUCCUCGAUUUGGACUGCAACGAAGACUACAUCAAGACUCUGUUGAGCGCGAUCCCGCAAACGCCCGUGGACCAGUUGGUCGAACAAGUCGAGAAGCGCAACCGCCUGCGCUUGCUCCAGCCGUGGUUGGAAGCGCGCGUGUCGCAAGGCAAUACCGAACCCGCGACUCAUAACGCGGUGGGCAAGAUUUACGUGACCCUGAACCGCGACCCCCAGCAGUUUUUGAUCAACAACCCGUACUACGAACCGGCCGUAGUCGGUAAGUUUUGCGAAAAGCUUGACCCAGCCCUGGCAUUCUUGGCCUACCAACGUGCCAACGGCGCGUGUGACGACGACUUGAUUCGCGUCACGACGGAAAACUCGCUCUUCAAGGACUUGGCGCGAUACCUUGUCCAUCGCCAAGACUUGGAUUUGUGGGGCAAAGUCCUCGUCAAGUCUGUCGAAGGCGAGUCGGAAGCGCCUUCUCGUCGCGCGUUGAUUGACCAAGUCGUGCAAACCGCGCUUCCGGAAGCCAAGAACCCAGACGAAGUGUCGACGACGGUGCGCGCGUUCAUGAACGCGGAGCUCCCGAACGAGUUGAUUGAGUUGCUCGAACGCAUUGUGCUCCAAGGCACGGAGUUUUCGACGAACAAGAACCUCCAGAACUUGCUCGUGUUGACCGCCAUCAAAGCGUGCAAGGAAAAAGUGAUGGAUUACGUCAACCGCCUCGACAACUUUGAUGGCCCGGACAUUGCCCGCAUUGCCGUCGGCGAGCAAUACCAACUGUACGAAGAAGCGUUUGUGAUUUACAAGAAGAGCAAAUGCAAUGGCGAUGCCAUCGGCGUCCUCUUGGACCACAUCAAGGACAUGACGCGCGCGUACGAAUUUGCCGACCGGUGCAACGAACCGGACGUAUGGUCCAAGUUGGCCCGUUCGCAACUCGACUCGAACAACCUCCACGACGCCCUGGCAUCGUUCAUCAAGGCCGGCGACCCGUCGUCGUAUGCUGCCGUCAUUGCGACCGCCGAGCGCGACAACAAUUGGGCUGACUUGAUCGACUACCUUCGCAUGGCCCGCAAGACUGUCAAGGAGCAGCACCUGGACACGUCCCUCAUUUACGCGUUGGCCAAGUGCGAAAAGUACGCGGAAUUGGAAGAGUUUAUUUCGGCCCCAAACGUGGCGCAGAUCCAAAACACGGGCGAACGGUUGUUUGCUGAAGGCAUGUUCAACGCUGCCAAGCUCUUGUUUCAAAACAUCAACAACAACGCCAAGCUCGCGAUCUGUUAUGUCCGCCUCGGCAAAUUCCGCGAAGCUGUCGACGCCGCGACCAAGGCCAACUCGGUCGGGACGUGGAAGGAGGUCAAUUAUGCAUGCGUGGACGUGAACGAGUUUCGUCUUGCUGGCCUCUGUGGUCUCCACAUUAUCGUGCACCCUGACCACUUGGAAGAGCUCAUCCUCAACUACGAACGUCGUGGCCACUGGGCCGAACUUCUCAAGUUGAUGGAGCAAGGGCUUGGCCUGGAAGGUGCCCAUGCCGGCAUCUUUACGGAGCUCGCGAUCUUGUACUCCAAGUACAACCCGACCAAGCUGAUGGAACACAUCAAGAUUUUCCACUCGCGCAUGAACGUGAGCAAGAUCCUCCGCGCGUGUGAGAAGGGCUUGCACUGGGACCAUGCCGUGUACUUGUACAAGGAAGACGGCCAGUUUGACAACGCGGUCCGCACGAUGGUGGACCACCCGGUUGCGUUUGCACACGACUUGUUCCUGGACUGCAUCCAGAAAGUCCGGAACCAAGAGAUUCACUACAAGGCAAUCAACUUUUACUUGGAGCAGCACCCGUUGGAGCUCACUCGCUUGCUUCAAGUGCUUACGCCCAACCUCGACCACGCCCGCGUCGUGCACCAACUCCGCAAGUCGGACAACUUGCCGUUGGUGGUCGACUACCUCAAGGACGUGCAAAAGGAAAACUUGUCGGCUGUGAACGAAGCGCUGAACGAAAUCUUGGUCGAAGACGAAGACUACCAGGCCCUGCGCGACUCGAUCGACUCGUACGACAACUUUGACCAGAUCUCGUUUGCCCAAAAGGUGGAAAAGCACGAACUGUUGGAGUUUCGCCGCAUUGCCGCCUACUUGUACAAGAAGAACAAGCGAUAUGGCCAGUCGCUCAAGCUGUCCAAGGCCGACAAGAUGUACAAAGACGCGAUCGACACUGCGUUUGAUUCUGGCGACGUCGAGUUGGCCGAAGAUUUGCUGCGCUUCUUCGUCGCCGCCCACGACAAGGAAUGCUUUUGUGCCACUUUGUUUACGUGCUACAAGCUCAUCAAGCCGGACGUGGCGAUGGAACUCGCGUGGCGCAACGGCUACGUCGACUUUGUCAUGCCGUACAUGAUUCAGUACGUCAAGAACUUGAAUGACAAGAUCAAGGUGUUGGACGAACGAACGAAGCCCAAGGAGGACCCGCACAAUGGCCACCACAUGGAUGGCGGGAUCCCCGGCGGCGUCGACCCGGCGUUCCAAAUGGGCCUGAACCCCGUCAUGGCGAUCGCAGCCACCGCGUAUGACCCGAACGCUGGCUACGGUGGCUAUGGCAUGCAACAACCGAUUGGAGGGUACGGACAGCCCGCCGGCAUGCCGCCGGGUGUGCCUAUGGGCGGUGGCCUCGGCGGGUAUGGUGGCGGCAUCCCGCCGCAACAGUAUGGAGGUGGCUAUCAGUAUUAAUUGAUGGAACGUCGUGCAUUUAUCUGCAAGGACUUGUUGUCGUUUUGACGACUUGUCUCGUGGAAUCUUUUGACCC